GAUACGUGGGUGUGUGGGGAGGUAGAGUGCAGUGCUCAGUGUGGGGGAAGUGGUGAGGACAAAGAGCAAGUUUUCACCUUGACUGGGAAAAUUUUCAGAAUCACGCACUUUUCACUCUGGCGGACCAAACUGUUACUUAUAGCCACUGGUGGGCCGUGGCACUGCAUCAAUAUCUCACUCAGCUGGCAACCCAAGGGCUGGUGGUGGUGUGAGGCCUGGAGGAGGAGAAACGUUAGGUAGUAUGGGGAGUUUAGGCGGCACUGUUGCUAGAAGCAUCGAGAGUCGCGGUAUUGUGAGUGGCCCCAGCGUUGGUAACCUGGUCAAUAGUGGUGGCGGCAGCUCAGGUGGGCACAGCUUGGCAGCGCUGUCCUCAGCAGUGGCAGCAACACACAACACCAACUCUUUAUUUAUGGCAAACAGCAUUCAGGCGACGGCGGCGACGCAGCAGCGAGCUGUUGUCAAUGAAAUGCUGCGGCAUAUGCAAGGUCUUGGGAACCGAGGCUUGAGCCAGUUUGUUGGCCGACCUUAUGGAAGUGGAGGAGGAAAUAGUAUGAUGGGGCUUCAUAGCAAUUUUGGGGGUGACUCUGCUCCUCCCCCAUUAGACCUCUCAGAAUUUCCCUCGCUCUCUUCAAGAAACACCGAUAAUUCUCAGCCAAACCCAAUGGCUGGUAGACAACCAUAUGUGGGCAUGGUGAAGCAACCCACCCCUGAAACCUCUGAGUUCACCAUGAGCAGUGAAGACUUCCCAGCGUUACCAGGCUCACAGGCGAACCCCACUGGUAAAAUCUUCGCACCAUUUUCAGAUGAUGGCUUCUCCAAUAACGAAAAGAAGUCAAAUUCUACUUCGGGUACUGAUACUCCAUCUGACCUGGUGCUGAGGGCAGCGGAAAAGAACCAGUCACAAAAAAGAGGAAUCCAAACUUCUCCUGAUGGUAAGGUAACCAACAUUCCUGGAGGGAUGGUGACUGAUCAGUUUGGCAUGGUGGGUCUUCUAACUUUUAUCAGAGCGGCAGAAACGGACCACAAUUUGGUCUCCUUGGCAUUAGGUUCUGAUCUAACGACUUUAGGUCUUAACUUGAAUUCACCUGAAAACCUUUACCCAAACUUUGCUGGGCCUUGGGCUGAAACUCCCUGCAGACCCCAAGACAUUGACUACCAUGUACCCCAGGAAUACCUCACCAAUCAGCAAAUAAGAGGGAAGUUAGCACCAGUCAAGUUUGAUAGAUAUGGUGAAGAUCUAUUGUUCUAUAUGUUCUACUCAAAUGCAGGAGAUGUGCUACAAAUUCUUGCUGCUGCAGAACUGUACAACAGGGACUGGAGGUACCACAAAGAGGAGAGAGUGUGGAUAACCAGAGCACCUGGCAUGGCCCCAGUAGACAAGGGCCCUAACUAUGAGCGAGGAACCUACUUCUAUUUUGAUGCCCAGAAUUGGCGGAAGGUUCCCAAAGAGUUCCACCUGGAGUACGACAAAUUGGAGGAGAGGCCCCACAUCCCCACGCACACCCCAACUUCAUCUGCCCUGUGACAGCCCACACUUGUCAACCCUUCACAAUACCAUCCUCACAGAGGAACUUAAGCUGAGAAGUCAUAGCCCAGUGUUUGUGGUUGAAUCAAAGUUCUGUUCAGUAAUCUGUUGUCAAUAGGCUUCCUUUUUCUGAAGUGAGAUUUCACUUGCCAGUGUCAUUUUUCCAGUCGUAUGCUUAUUGUAAAAUGAAUUUUUAUUUUGGAAUCAUAAAUCUAUGUACACCAGUGACCAGGCACUGGGUGCUUACUUGAGGCCUCCAAAGCUGACUGGCAUACCUCAAGUGGUGGACGGUAGCAGUAAGUAUGAGGUGGGCAUGUCUGAGGAAAGCAGCAGCACUCAUUUUAACUGAUAUGUACUUAAAAAUAAAGUUACUGUUUUUAUGAUUUAUGGCUUUCAAAUAAGUUUUUGAAAUUCCAGCACUGAAACAGCAUACAAUUUGUUCAUUCUCUGGAUUAACAUCAUGUUUUCUAAAACUAUAUAGAGAAUAUUAAAAAUUAUCAUGUACAUUAGAAUGAUUUGGGUCUGAGGACUUUUCAUGCAGGCAAACUAAAACUGGCAUUGUUGUCAACAUAGAAACUAUAACCGUUGUGCCUCCUUGGCUAACCCUCUGAGCCUUGAGGGUGAGAGGCUGUCUAGCUUUACCAUUGUAGGAGGUGUUGUCCCACCAGUUCAUAACUAUAUUUUUCCUUGUGCAUUCUUGAACUAUCAGGAAAUCCAGAACUCAAAGAAUAAAUUAAGAUGAAUAACACAGAAUAAAUCUGGAUGAAUAGAGAUUAUACAAAAUUUUUUUCAACUGCACAUGUACAAACAAUUUAGUCCUCCCUUUUGCUGAUCCUUAUGAGGAAAGGUCCUCAUCCCUAAGGAAAUCUGAUUAUACUGAGCCGUUACUCUUUGCCUAAGAGUCAGGUUGCCAGAAUUGAGUUGAAUAGGAACAUGUGGUUUUGUCAAGUCAUUGCCUAGAGCUUUAAUGUUGGAAGCAUAUCAGAAUUGAGCUGUAACAAGUCCAGUUUUCAAAUGGUGUGGACAGAGGAGCCUCUCAAAAGAAGCCUUGAAAUUUCUAAGUCAUCUCUUAUCUUUAAAUUGUCAUUCUGGGAAGGCAUUUACAGUUUUGCUCAUGUUUGGAUAAAAGUUGGUUUGAUAAAACAAAAGUAAAUGUGCAAGUUUCUCACUGGGAUGACAACAUGAUUCACUUGGUGCCCAAAAUACUGGAGACUGCAUCAUGGUAGAGGUCUGUUCUCUCCCAAGCCUUUUGGUCCACUUUAUAUGAUUUUUUUUUUCAAAGAAGCCAUCAUGAAUUUCUUAAGAAGCAUGAAUUUGACUAAAAUCAUAUUUUGAUAUUAGUAUAUAAGAACUUAUUAAAAUACUUCAGAUCUAUUGGAUAAGAAAAGAUAUAUUUUGGUCUAGAGUACAAGAUCUAAAUAGCCACUUGAAUGUUUGUCACUCACCGAGGAUGGUUUAACAAGACCGUGGUUUUAUAAAAUAUAAUUACCAGAAUUGUAAUAAGAGCUUUGCAGUUGCUCUCUUUCAGGGCUCACUUUUGCACUUUACAAUGAUUGUAAAAGUACAAAGUAAAUUGUUACUGGGAAAGAACAGACAAGUAAUGAUGUAAUCAGUAAAGUGAACUUAUUCCUUGAUCUUUCUUCUCGGUAUAUGUAUAAUUAUGUACACAGUCAAUAUUAUUCUGUACCAAAUAGAUUUGUUUUUACAGUA